UUAUGGUAAGUCCACGCGCAUGCGCAAAGCGUGAUGCUAACACAGGUUAGGGCUGCUUGGAAAUGCUCGUGAAAAACUUGAAAAAGAAAAACAAAAUCGCUCGUGUCCAUUGGAACAGGAAAAUUUUGAUCUUGUAGUGAAAUAAAUUCAGAAAAAUGGGUAUCGACGUCAAACACCGAAACAAAAAGAAAACGCCGAGGGAUUAUCCUCUCUCGCAAGAUGUCUACCGUUUAUUAUUAGUAAAACUGUAUAGAUUUCUAGUCAGACGAACGGAAUCUAAAUUCAAUAGAAUAAUCCUCAAGAGAUUAUUCAUGACGAAAGUGAACAGACCGCCUGUAUCGUUAUCUAAAAUUGCCAAAAUGAUGUCGCAUAAAGGUCGCGAAUCGCGUAUUGCAGUCAUCGUCGGUACAGUUGUUGAUGAUCCUCGUCUUUUCAAGCUCCCCAACCUGAAGAUUUGCUGUUUACGUAUUACAUCGAAAGCUAGGGCUAGAGUUGUAAAAGCCGGAGGUGAAAUUUUGACAUUCGAUCAGCUUGCUUUGAAAGCUCCUACUGGUAAAAACACCGUACUAAUGCAAGGCAAACGUUGCGAUAGAGAAGCGUGUAAACACUUUGGAAAAGCUCCAGGUGUACCCCAUUCGCAUACUAAACCCUACGUUCGUUCUAAGGGCAGAAAAUUCGAACGUGCCAGAGGUCGUAGACGUGGUUGUGGUUAUAAAAAAUAAACCAAAUGUACCGUUAUUAUCCUAUGUAUUUUAUUUCUGUAUUAUAUAUUUUGAAAAAAAAUAUUACGUCUAAGAUGAUUAGUUCGAAGGAUUUUAAUAAAUUCCUUUUGAAUGUA